CCACGUCCAAUCUUUCCCCCACCCCCUCCUCAGACCAAAUUCUUCCAAGUCAAUCUCGAAGGAUUCCGUCUCGCCAUCAACAUGCCUCCCCACAUGAAAAAGCGCAAGGUCCUCGACUCGUUGCAGGCCGGCCCCAAGAAGAAGUUCAGAAAGCAGCGCGAAUACCACAGCAGCUCCGAGGAGGAGUCUGAAGACGAUGAGCCCACCGAUUUCCAGGCCGUCAACCUGGCCGAUUCAGACGAGGAGGAAGUCGAGGUGAAGCAACCGAAGAAGCAGACCAAGUCGAUUGGCGCCGCCACGAAGGCCAAGGUCGAAAAGAAAGACGAAAGUUCCGACAACGAAGAAGCCGACGACGACGAUGUGGAAUCGGAUUUUGAAGGAUCUGAUUUCUCGGACGACGAAGACGGAGCCGAUUCCGAUACCUCCACGCCCGCGACCGAUCGCAGAGCCGUUUCCAAGCGCAAUGAUCCCUCGGCUUUCUCCACCUCCAUCGCGAAGAUUCUGUCCACCAAACUGCCCACAUCUGUUCGAGACGAUCCGGUGCUGUCGCGCAGCAAAGAGGCAGCUCAGAAGAGCACCGACAUUGCAGAGGAGAAGUUGGACAGGCAAGCGCGCGCCAAGCUGCGUGCGGAGAAGAAGGAGGAACUGGAGCGGGGUCGCAUCCGCGAUGUCAUGGGCCUGCAGCGUGGUCAGGCCGGUGCGGUGGCUGAGGAGGAGAAGCGUCUGCGCAAGAUCGCCCAGCGUGGUGUGGUGAAGCUGUUCAACGCCGUGCGCGCGGCCCAGGUCCGUGGAGAGGAAGCGGCCAAGGCCGAGCGCAAGAAGGGAACCAUUGGUAUCGGCGAGCGUGAGAAGGCCGUGAACGAAGUCAGCAAGCAGGGCUUCUUGGAUUUGAUCAGCGGCAAGAAGGGCAAGCCGUUGAAGAUUGAGGAGGCCUAAGGGUUUACGAGUGUUUCUGUUCGCUGUUAGAGACCUGGCAUACCUGGGCGUUCGGGGUUCUUGACUGUUCGUUUUCGCAAGUGUUUGGAUUAUUAAAAGUGAUAUUCUAUUUACAGGUACUUUCAUGCCAAAUGUGAAUGGAGAUCGGAAUACCCAAUAGAGAC